AUCACAAACGUUCGAGAUAGUCACCUAGACACAACGGACUCUGUUGAUUCCACGCACAAAGCACCAUAUUUGUGUAUUCUAUUUAGAAUUUAAAAAAAAAUGGCAGAACAGUGGACAAGACAAGACGAACGGGAAUUCAAAGAGCUUCGGAGAAAUUUUAUCGCUGCCACUCAAAGGCGAAUGAGGACCGUCCGGCAGCAACAAGAACGAGAAACCCACAGUAGAGAGGCCAGACAUGCUCUCUUCAAUCUCCAAAGAGAUUUGGAAGAGGAUGUGGUAUCCAGUGCAGAAGACCUUGAUGAAUUUUCGUCAAUGGAUAUUGCCUCUUCAUCUGGUGUGGUCCCUCCUUUGAACGAUGCUCCUACGCAAUCCACUAUAAACGAGAUUAUGCGUGGAGAGGAACGGGAAAAUGAAAUCACCAAUCAGUCAUCUACCCCAGCCAGCCAAAGUUCAUCGAUUCCUGAUGAGGUUCUUCUCGACGCGUACGCAGCUAUGGAAGAUGAUUCAAACGUUGAAGCGUCGGGAGAUGAACAAGGGGGUGAACCCACUACUGAGAAUGACUCAAUCGUCGAAGAAGAGGAAGAGGAAUCUGCGCGAAGACCCAUUACUACCGAACGUCUUGCGGAGCUGAUCGAACGAUUCUAUAACAUCGUAGGGCGAGAGGAGAGGGCGGCACCCCGAUUUGCCGGACGUGUCUUCGACUACGAUGUUAACGUCCGUCCGCUGACUCCGCUACUAGACCAGACCUCUCCGGAGAAUGUAGUUUCUGCAUUGUUAUUAAGUAUUAUAAGAAACAUGACCGUGCAAUUUGAAGAUCACGAUCUGAUAGGUUUUGUGAUAUCUUCGCCCUCUUUGAGCCAGGAUAUCGGCAUUCCUUUGACUCGCUACGAUCAAUUUUCGUUGGAUCGACUUUUAACCCUUUUGGAACAACUCAUUCAAUCGAACGAACAAGUUUUUCUCUUUGAAGGGGGAUUCUCAAUCAGAGUAAUCCACAUCAAAACGCUACAAGGGGGCGAAAUAAAGAAAAUACCCUGCCACUUAACAAGUUCAUCAACAACAAACGUCGAUUCUUAAAAAUUGAAAAUAAAGAUGAACUUUGUUGCGCGCGUGCUUUGGUUGUUGCCAUGGCACAUGUUGAUAAACACAACAACCCCUUGCACUAUAAAAAGAUUAGGCGACCGCAAGGACAAUUGCAAGAAAAUGAGGCGCGUUUAUUACAUUAAAAAGCGGAGGUCCAAGAAGGCAGAUGUGGUAUUCCUGAGAUAGAAAAAUUUCAGGAACACCUUCGCUCACAGGGUUAUCAGAUCGUAGUCUACGGUACCACCACCAAACAUGGUCUUCUCUACAAAGGCCAACCAAAUAAUAAGAUGCUUAUCCUUUUUUUACAUAAUAAUCAUUACGAUGUUAUUCUUAGCUUGCCUGCGUUUUUAGGCAAGAGUUAUUUUUGUACAAUUUGUUUUAAGGGGUAUGACGCGGAAGAGAGACAUAGAUGUAUUAAUAGUUGUAACUGCUGCAAGAAAAAUGUAGGUUGUGAGUUCGAAGCUUGGGUGACGUGUGAAACUUGUAAAAGAGCUUUCAAAAGUCAGACAUGUUUCGAUCGUCAUCGUGAGAAAAAAUCGCAAUCAAAAUCAAUUUGUGAAAAGGUGUUCAAGUGUAAAUGCGAAGUCAUCUUGGACACUCGUUUCAAAGACCCCAAAAUACAUGAAUGCGAUAAACGGUAUUGUGAGCGAUGUCGUGCCUACGUCGUGAAAGAGAAUCAUCAGUGUUUCAUGCAACCACUACCAGAUGCGCAAAAAGCGAAGAAAAAAACGAAGAAAACCAAAGGGGAUGAAAAAACAGUUGAAAAGCAAAUGUUCAUCUUCUUCGAUUUGAAUGUCGACAAGACGUUAAAAUCGAUGAAAACCAGCACGGGCCUGUCUAUAAGCACAUUCCAAACCUAUGCGUUGCACAACGCGUGUGUGAGGAUUGCGUCAUGUUAAAAGAUGAAGCCUGUGCCAGGUGCGGUAUUCGAGAGCACAUUUUUAGGGGGAAUGACACUGUCGAUACAUUUUGCGAUUGGCUUUUAGGGGUAACGAACAUGACGGAGUCAUCGCUAUCGCUCACAAUGCUCGUUCUUACGAUGCGCAGUUUAUUCAAGAUUACUGCUUCCGAAAUGCCAUCGCUCCAGAUGUAAUCUUGAAUGGCUCUAAACUCCUAUGUUUAACCGUAGGUAAGGUAAAGGUCAUUGACUCUCUCAGCUUUUUAGCCAUGCCAUUGUCCGCGUUCCCUGCCACCUUUGACCUAUCAGAGUUGAAGAAAGGGUUUUUUCCUCACCUGUUUAACAAACUAGAAAACCAAGAGUACGUUGGUGCAGUACCCGAACAAGCCUACUUUGAUCCAGAUGGGAUGUCCGAUGACAAGAGGAGAGAGUUCCAAGAGUGGUAUGAAAAACACAAAAAUUAUAGAUUUGAUCUGCAAAAGGAAUUGCUGGAAUAUUGCCAGACAGAUGUUCAAAUCCUGACUGAGGGGUGCAUGCGUUUUAGAUCGCAUUUUAUGAGUGUCACUGGGGGUAUAGACCCUUUCAAAAACGUGACCAUUGCUGCCGCAUGUAAUGUUGUAUUUCGGACUCGAUUUUUGAAACCCAAUACAAUCGGACUCAUCCUUAAUAGAGGUUACAGAAACAAUGACAGACACUCUAUUGCUGCCCUGAAAUGGUUGAAAUGGGUAAGCUUCCACGAGGGUAUUGAAAUUCAGCAUGCGCGAAAUGGAGGGGAAUAUCAAAUUGGGGGGUACAAAGUAGAUGGCUACCAUUCAGCUACAAAAACGUGUUAUGAAUUCUUAGGCGACAUUUGGCAUGGGUGUCUAAAAUGUUAUAAAAGAAGAGAUACUCUUGUACCGGAUUCAAGCAACACGGUACAAGAUGUGUAUGAUUAUACUAUGCUACGGUUGCACGCAUUGCGAAAACUGGGAUACAGAGUGGUUGUAAUGUGGGAAUGUGAUUUCAACAAAAUGAAAAAGGAAAACUCGGGGCUAAGGGAUUUUUUGACAAGACUUAACAUUGUAGAGCCACUUGAACCAAGGCAUGCAUUUUAUGGAGGGAGGACCAAUGCCAUUAAACUAUUUCAUCGAGUUCAGGGCGCCGAAAGGAUUCAAUACAUUGACGUCUGUAGCCUCUAUCCUUGGGUAUGCAAAUACGCAAACUUCCCUAUAGGUCAUCCUACUAUCAUCACCGAAAAUUUCAAACCCCUUGGUCACUUUUUCGGUCUGGUGAAAUGUAAAAUGAUUCCACCAAGAGGGUUAUUUCAUCCUGUCCUUCCUUAUCGCAAUUCAGGUGGUAAGUUGUUGUUUCCACUCUGUCGUACCUGUGUGGAGCAGCAGCAGACACAGCGCUGCGAACAUAACGAUGAGGAAAGGACUCUAUCCGCAACCUGGGUCACAGAGGAAAUAAAAAAAGCUCUUGACUUGGGCUAUCGUGUGGGGGAGGUGUACGAGGUAUGGCAUUACUCCAACACAUCGCAUUACGAUCCACAUUCACAAACGGGAGGACUCUUCAUCGAGUACAUUAAUUUGUUUUUGAAGGUCAAACAGGAAGCAAGUGGGUGGCCAAAAGAAUGUCGUUCGGAAGAUGUUGUGCCCACCCUACACAUUGAAAAAGAAAGACAAAAAUACGUAAAGAAUUACCAUGAAAAGGAGGGUAUACUUUUGGAUCCGGCAGCCAUCAGGACAAACAAAGGUUUGAGGGCAGUAGCCAAGAUUUGUUUGAAUAGCUUUUGGGGAAAAUUCGGACAAAGAAAUAAUCUUCCAAAAACCCGUUAUUUCACACAACCUGAAGAGUUCUUCCAGCAUAUCACCAAUCCUAGAUUGAACAUAAAGCACAUAGAUUUCCCCAACGAAAACAUGGCGCAAGUGCAGCAUGAGGAAGAAGAAGAUUUUCUAGAAGUACUUCCUAACACAAACGUCGUAGUGGCUGCUUUCACCACGUGUUAUGCGAGACUCAAACUGUACAGCUACCUCGAGCAACUGCAACAGCGCGUGCUCUAUUUUUAUACUGAUUCCAUUAUAUACCUCACAAACGACACCAUGACAGACAUCCCAACAGGUAACUACCUCGGUGACAUGACCGACGAAUUAGAAAAGGAUUUUGGACAAGGAAGCUACAUUACUGAAAUCUAUGCCCUUGGACCAAAAAAUUACACAUACAAAGUGUAUUCCUCGAAAAAGAAAAGCGAAGUUGUGGGUAGCUGUAAAGUGAGAGGCAUAACACUGAAUUGCAGGAACGCAAAAUUGGUCAACUUUGAAACUUGCGCUGAAAAGCGCGUAAACGUACACAAGGCAUUGUUACUCGUACGGAAACCAAAGAGCAUCGUCUUGUUUACGACAAGCGCGUGAGAGUGGACAACUUUCGUACCAUUCCUUACGGUUUCUGAAAUUCUUUUCCUUUUAUCUUACCUUUCUUUUUCUUCUAUCAUUUUUUUUCUUUCACAUAAACCUUUAUUCUUCUUGUGCUAUCCUUAGUUUUCAUUUUUUAAAGCGAUUAUUUUUGUGUGUGUUAAUGUACAGUAUAUUUAUUUUUGUUAAAGUAUUAUAUAUUUUUAUACCAUGCCAGUCUUGUCAAAUAAACAUUACAAUCUGUUUGAAUUUUAUGGUGGAUGGUACCUUGCGCGUUUCUCAAUGUCAGAAGCUAAAAUGCAAAACAAGGAAAGUCCUACUACGAUUAUUUUUUCUUACUCAACGAUGAUGUUAGAAGUUAACGAUAAAUACAACGAUCAAUGCACUCCUAAUACUGUCAAGUAAUUACGAAAAUAAAGAAAAGCAAGUGUUGAAUAUG